AACUGCUGACUACCUUCUUCACACUUGUUUUUACUCCCAAAAUAUUCCGGCUAUCGAACGCGUUUGAGCGACGGAGAGAGUUGCAUAUAGAGAGAGAGAGAGAGAGAAUGAUGGAUUAGCUAGCUAGCUUGUUCCUCCGUCGGCUCGGGCGGUCCUCUUCGAAUUGGAUCUUCUUCUUCUACUCACAUACACACACACUCGAUCUUGUGCCUCUGCAGCACACGGUAGUGUUGGUUGAUGGCAAAUCCUAGUCGUCAUAGCAGGUCAGGUGAUGGUAAUGGUUGGGCUAGCCCCGAGCGGACGAUGGUGUGGAGGACGGAGCUCAAGAAGAAGCAGAUGAAGCAGGUUGUGGUGGGCGUGGUGUACUACCUGUGCCGGCAAGACGGGCAGCUGGAUCACCCCCAUUUCGUCCACGUCCACGUCCCCUCCGACUCCGACUCCGAUCAUCCGCGGCCGCGCCUCCACCUCCGCGACUUCAUCGCCCGCCUCAGCGACCUCCGCGGCGCCGCCAUGCCCGCCGCCUACUCCUGGUCCGCCAAGACCACCUACAGGAGGAACGCCGGCUACGUCUGGCAAGACCUCACCGCCGACGACCUCAUCCCCGCGCCAUCAACCAACCAUGAGGAGUAUGUCCUCAAGGGCUCCCCGCUGCUCCACCAUAACUCCAAUACGCCCCCGCAGCACAGGAGGUGCAUGACAUCCUUUGACCUCGCCGACUAUCACCGCACCACCGACCCUGUCCCUGUCCCGGCGGCGGCGCAGCAGUCCUUAAUUGGCAUUGAUGAGAUAUCACCUCCACCGUCUUCAAGCAGCCCCGACGACACCACCACCCAGCUUGUUACCCUGAAGCAGAAGCAACAGGAGGAGGAUGGCUGCACGCCCCAGCAACAAGCGGCGACGACACCGGCAGGGCGGAUGCGGACGUCGGCGAUGCUGAUGAAGCUCAUCUCGUGCGGCGCCUCCUCCAUCAAGGAGCUGCAGGGCCAAGCACAAUCACAACGCUGCCGUGCUACUGCUUGGCAUAACAACAAGCCGGACAUCAUGGACCACCGUGACUACUUCAGUGGAAGCUUGCUGGACAACAACACAACCACCCACCCUAUCGACCUCACCCUCAGGAGAUCAUCCUCUUGCAAUGCCCACAGGGGACAGAGUAGUAGGCUUGGCGUGGUGGAUCAGGAUGGCGUCCCGAGGAGGCAACAGCUGCACGCCAAAUCGACGGCGGCGCGCAUGGACAGCCCGGAGACAGAUCAGAUCAGAUCAUAGAGGAGGGGAUCAGCAAGCUAAGCUAAGCUAAGCUAAUGCUCUUGUCAGGCAACUCAUCCAUCGAAUGAUACCAAAAUGUUUCUUCUGUUACUAGUACUACACUAGUUAGUUAUUUUAUUUCCCUUUUUUUUUCAUUUCAACAAGUUAGUUUGUUCGUUUGAGCGCGCGAUUCGAUCAGUUGGUGUGAAAACGAAAACGAAAACGAUGGAACACACGUAUAAAAACAUCUGUGUAAUCUCGUCUUUUAUUAACUUAAGGGAAUCAAUCAAUGUCAGAUGAUUGUCACCCAGCA